AUGAGCGCCGCCGCGGAGCCGCCGCAGAUCCGAGCUGCAGACGGGGUGUCCGUACACCCCGACGCCCUGGGCCUCCCCGAGUGGACCUGGCCUUAUUUCCGAGCUGGAGGUCCUUAUUUAUACAUUCCCAUACCUGCGGAAGACCCGGAGCACGGCCGCACGCGCGUUUCGAAGGAGUCCUCUGCAGCAGCAGCAGCAGCAGCAGCAGCAGCAGCAGCAGCGGCGGGCGACGCGGCGUGCGCGGGCGCGACGGGGGGCUCCCCAGCAGGGCUGGGCCCGCUGCUGCGGGCGCCGGAGGCGGCGGAGCCUUCCGCCGCAGCGGCGCAGCCCCCCAGCAGCAGCAGCAGCAGCUGCUGCCGGCACCUGCUGCACGACCUGCUGCUGCAGCCCGGCGCCGUCGAGCUGCUGCUGCAGUUCGUGUCUGCAUGCAAGCAGCACCUGCUGGUGGUCUGCAGGGCCGGGCCCUUCGUCUGCGGCCACAGGGGAGUUGUUCAUGGGGGCUUUACUGCAGCACUAGCUGACAACUCUUUGGGGCUUUUGGGGCAUUUGCUGUUUGCAAGAGCAGCAACAAAAGCUUUGUUUGUCAAGUACUUGCGCCCUUUUGCUGCUGGCAGCACCGUGCUGCUGGAUGCAUGCGUUGCUGCAGCAGGCCCCACUGCAUGCACCAUCCACGCCACGCUGCUGGGGCCCGCGCCCCCCGCCCUCAAGGCCUGCUUCGCCCCGCAGCAGCAGCAGCAGCCGGCUGCUGCUCGCGCAGCUGCUGAGGGGCCGCGAUUUCCCCCACUUUCAAUCCUCCACGCCGCAAACCAGCAGCAGCAGCAGCAGCAACCGCAGCAGCAGUAUUAG